AUGGAUGGGUCACAAGGCCAGGCGGGUCAGCCCAUGGUGGCGUCGCAGCAGCAGCAGCACUCCAACCUCAUUCGGACCGACCAGGUGCAGAAGCUGCCACACCUCAAUGACCAGCAAAAGGCCCAGCACACCCAGCUGGUGCGUGGCCUCUGGGAGCUGCUCAACACGCGCGACCCAUCGAGCCACGAGUACCAGACGGCGCAUAUGAAGCUCACGCAGCUGUCCCAGAAUCUGAUGAAGGGGAUGCGCCUCUUCCAGCAGAGCCGGCAGCAGGCGCUGCAGCAGCAGCAACAACAACAGCAGGCGCAGCAACAGCAGGCGCAGGGGGUGCAGGGACAGCCCGUGCAACGGACGCAGCCGAAUAAUCCUCAGAAUCUCGGUCAGUUGUUGCCUGCGAUUCAGGCCAAGGUCAACCAGCUCAACUUCUUCUUGCCUCCGAACACGACGCCCGAGCAGCUGCAGAACUGGGUCCCCGAGGCUCGACUCCGGUAUGGAAUUGCGCUGCAGAAACAAGAGGUUGGGCGCGCGCGGCUGGCGGAUCUGCGCCAGCAGUUCAAUCAACGACAGUCGCAGGGCAAUAUGACCCAGGAGGAUAUGCAGGCGUUUAAGAAUCGGCAGCUGGCGGCGGAGAAGUUGUUGCGUGAGGGUAGCGAGUUCCUCGAGAAAUUCAUGGAGCAGCAGGAGAGCUUCAAGAUGCAGCAGCAGAACCAGCAGGGGAUGAACCAGUCCGGAGGACAGGCCGUCAUGCCCCCCGCCUCGUCGACUCAGCAGCCUACUGUUGCCCCUACAUCGGCUGCUGCUCCGGCUGCGACUCAAGCAGUGGCUAGUAACCAAGGCACUACGGGUGGCAUGCAGGCACCGACGCCGGCGGCGCACACGAUCAACUCGGCUGUGAAUGCAGCGCGCAACCAGGCGGGGCAACAAACAGCCAUGUCUCCCUCGGCUUCCCAAUCGGGACAGGCUCCUUCUGCAACUGCUGGCGCCACUCCCACUUCCACCACACAACCCUCCCAGCAACCAGGCCAGCGCCAACAAGCUUCUUCUCAGCAAGGAACUCCUGGUUCUCAAGCAAUGUCCACCCAAGGCUCCGCCAGCGCCCACCCGCAGGGCUACCUGGCCAACCGCUCGACCGAGGCCACGGCGCGCAACAUCAACAUGGUGAUCCCCAAGUCUCUGAACGUGUCCACCCCGGAGCCAGUCGCCAUGCCUUCCUCGCGCCCUUCUCUGUCCGGCGGCCCCAGCCACGGCGCCAUGGGCAUGAUGGGCCAGCCCGCGAUCCAGAAACACCCCGGCUACGUCCUUGAGGGCGAGGGCCAGCGCGUGCUCAGCAAGAAGAUGCUGGAUAUCCUCGUUCGCCAGGUCACCGGCGGCGGCGAAGGCGAGAUGUUGACUCCUGACGCGGAAGAUUUCAUCCUCCAAAUGGCCGACGACUUCGUCGACGACGUAAUCACCCAAGCCUGCCGCCUCGCCAAGCUGCGCCCCUCGUCCACCCUCGAGCUACGCGACAUCCAGCUCGUCCUGGAGCGAAACUACAACAUGCGCAUCUCGGGCUUCUCGAGCGAUGACCUCCGCACCGUCAAGAAGCCGCAGCCCACCCAGGGCUGGACGCAGAAGAUGUCUGCUAUCCAGGCUGCGAAGGUGACGCAGGGGAAGACGGAGUAG